GGGAGAUAGAGUGAGUGAGGAAAGAAUGAGAGGCGAUCGCAAGCCAGCUCUGGGAAUGGCGAGAUUCCAACCCGCGAAAAUACUUCGCAGUCUUUGUACAACUUCGCUCAUUAUCUGUCAUGUUGUGUGUGUGUGUAGCACUCUCCUCUCCAGCCAGGACCAGUUCUUUAUCGGGGACCAGAACUAUGGGCGCUCUCCCGAGCUCCCGAGCUCAGCCAGUGUUGACGUUUCCAUGGAGACGUGGUACUCCCAGUGGCCGGGCGGUAUCCUGGACAACAGCGCUCUGGCAGCGCGGCCGCAAGAAUAUCUCCCUAUCCUCGACACCACAGCUCAGGAUGAUCUCAGGUGGACCGCACACUUAUCAUCUCAGCUCCACCAAAACAAGCAGCUCCAGGAGAGUCUGGAACAGAAGGAGGAAGAACUUGCCCGCCUCCAUGAGGAGAACAACAAGUUAAGGGAAUGUCUGAGCUCCAGCUAUAUCAAAUCUCUGAAGGACAAAGCAAGGAAACUGUUGACGCAAAAUGGACAGAAGGAAAGAGGGAUCUUUAAAGUUAAGAAGCGACUAUUCGACGGGCAGGAGGAUGGUGACAUUUACUCCACAGCCCCCAACAACAUUCCCAAGAGAUUUAGGAGAAAUCUGGGGUGCAGCAACGAGAGCGGCCCCUACACUGCCCGGGAGGAACACUGCGCCCCGUGCCUUGAUACCUGGGUUCUGAAGACUUUGGGGUUAAAAGAUGCCAACACCAUUGAUGACAGUUGUUCAGCUAACUACAGUGCCAUUAAAAUCGAGACCAGCCCCAGUUACAAUGGGGAACCCGACUACAGCUCGGACCGCCCAGCUCCACACCAUGAUCUCAUCGCCCCUUCUAUGGAUUUCCACGCCAACCACUGCCUGCCGGAGUGCCCCUCUUCACCCUUCCUGCUCCCGCCUCCGCCCGUCCCCUUCCACCCAGCCAAAGCCUGCGUGGCCUUCUCGACCUCCCUCAGCCCCCAUCGCAACGUGAAGACGCACACCUUCUGCCAAGGCCAGGCCUUUGUGCAGCGGGACGGGGGUGGAGGCUGGAGGUUCACCUGGGUCCCCAGCCAGACCGACUGAAUGGUCACCCCCAACCCCCCCCCCCCCCACCCUAUUGCCACAAAUCAUCUCUGUUUACACGCAAGAUGCCAUCAGCUCUGAACUCGAAAGACCAGCCAGGCUCGACAGAAUAGCAUGAAGAACUGGAAUUGUAGCUUCCUAUCAACCUAUGAAGUAUCCAUUUCAAUAUUAAGAUAGUGUUAUACGAUUCUCUGAGUUAGUCGGAGAGAACUCAAGACCCUCAAGACAUUGGGGAUGCAACCAAGCAGAGGUGUAGAACAUUGAGCGUUUCUGCUCAUGGUCCUAAUUUGCCCAAUUAGCGGAUCCACAGAAGGGAGAGGGACCUUGCCUUCUGGCGGCGCCUUGUGACUGCAGGAGGAAUAAUUAAUAAUGGUGGCUUCUCAUGUCCAUGGGCAUCCGAUGGGGCAGGUGUGACAUCCCUCGGCUUUCUGAGCAUGCGACGUGAGCGGAUUACCUGAUGGACUUAGCGAGAUGGAGCGGUGCAGACUUGUGUCCUGUCCUUGCAGCCUCCUGGAGACCUUCCUCCUGAAGAAAGCGGUCAACGAACAUGUAGGCAAAAAAGAAACACGAGGUCACGGUGAUUACAAUCGUGCUUCCAGUCCCACACUUGUACUCUGCAGACAAUACAACUGGGUUUUUUCCUCCUCACAACUACCUCGAGGCUCUGAUGAUGAUGACCCAGAUGUUUUACUUUGCAACGUACAGCCACGUGUGACUGGUGGGAAUGUAUUUUGAUGGCUUGGUUUGAACACAGUAGUUGGUGCUGCCAUCUCAGUGACCCUGGGCUGAUCCUGGCCUCGGGCACUGAAGGUGUGGAGUUUAUAUACUCUCACAGUGACUGUGUUGGUUUCCUCUGGGUGUUCCGGUUUCCUCCCAAAUCCCAAAGAUGUGCGGGGGGUUGCAGCUGUAAA